AAAAUAACUGUCUUUCUUAUUUAAUAUCAUGCAGCAGUAAUACAAAACAUUUUAAAGGGUAUUUAGAUGAUACUUUCUGAAUCGGUCUCACGAGAAAAGUACAUAAAUGUAAUUUUUUUUUUGUUUUCCGUGAGCGAUUUGGGACGUCAUUACGUAAUUACGUCAUACGACAUUGGACGAAUCACAUUCGAGGUUUGAUUGGAUACAUAGUGCACUACAACCCGAUGAUUGUACGCCCUAGGUAGUGCGCUAAUGUAGUUUUGAAGCUUCGGUUUGAGAUUCAGGCGCGAGCGGUGCCCGUUGGAGGCUCUCGUUACUAUGGAAACUUUUAAAAACCUAACGUUAACCUGUUUUUCCUCCCCCCGAAACAGACAGCUAUAGCAAGUCUGCUUAUAGCUUUAGAAGUUCGAAAUAGAAAUGUCUGUUCGUAGCGGCGCUGCGUUUUGCAGGAAUGAGGAUAGAAAAAUGGCAGCAGUUGACAGGAAGAGGUUUGUUUCGGUUUUUGAUCAGUGUGAUGUGGAAAAGAAAGGCUAUUUGUCCAGAGAGGACGUUAAGGUCGCUGUUGUCAUGCUGUUCGGUUAUAAACCUUCGAAGUCAGAAACAAGUAUGCUGAUGGAAGCUGGUGCUGUGCCAACCUGCCCAGGUAUGAUGUACAGGUCACGUGAGAUUACAGGGGUCCCUUUGGAGCAGUUUGUGUCUCUCAUGGGGAGGAAGUUAUCAGCAGGGGAUCCGUACGAGAAGACGAGACAGAUCUUCAGCGCAUUUGAUCUACACUACACGUGGACCACGACUCAGAUGGACACAUCAGCUUCAAGGACUUUGAGGACGUUAUCAGUUACGGGCUGGCCAACAGCUGAGGCACUGCGCUACAGCAGAAGGUCUGUGGGAACAGCAGUAAGAGAUCACGUGCGUCUGGAGCCGACCGAGCUUCAGUAUUGCAUUUCAGGACAAAAGAACACGUUCGUUCACAAAGCAGCACAACGUGUUCAUUUUAACGUGUCCAGGACUCCGAUCACACAGCAUAUACCGGUGUUUGGGCCAGAAUCGUUGACGCAUUUUUACGGAUCUCUCUAUUAAGCUAAGUUACAUACGAGCUCAGUUUGUGAGGUCACAACAUAGGCGCACAUUUUAAGCCAAUCAUGUUCGAUAUGCAAACGUGAGGCUCCAGAUUGAGACCCAGAUACUAACAUCGAUUAUUUAUUACCCGUCGUAGAUCAUUUUUAGGAUUUAGGAGUACACAUUCAGGUCGUUUUUGUUGUCUUGUUUGUAGAUUAUCACCUCCCCUCGUCGUCCUCACGUCCCGAUAGGCGGCAACGAGCCAUUAGUGAAGUGCACUCUGGCCUCUUUGUUGAAAGGCAGACGAACGUCAGUGCCCGAGAGUCGGGUUUGAUGAUGAGCCUUGAUGUCGUAUCGAUCCGUUCGGCGCGGGGGCCGUGCCGUGUAAUAGUCAGACACACAUUUCUAUUGUCCGGUUGUCUUACAGGCUGCAUUAAGGAUAAACCCAGUCCCUCCAGGCCUAAUUCACUCGCUCCACUCGUGCAGUCCUCGCUCAAAUCAACAUAGCCCACGGCCGCCGUUACCACCGAGUGCUCUUCAGGUAUUUCCCGUUCGCUCCUGCGUACCUGCCGUUCAAUCACUCCAAAGCCAUUACACAGUACGGCGAGGGCUGGAUGUCUUCUAAUCCUCCUCCGCUAAAUCCAUUUGCACCUGAGAAACAGGCGGCUCGCUUUUCAGCUCCAGAAUACGAGCGCUCGUAAUCAGAUUGCAUUUUUAAUCAGUUUUGCACAAAAACGCCGCUGUGCAGCCAUUAAGAAAAGGCCCAGGCGCACUCUUGCAGAGGAUUUUAUGCCACUCUUGUUACACACGAUUAUGGAACUGUAAAUACUUGUUUGUGUUUUUUGUCGAGAUUUACCGCGCUCCCGUCUGAAUAAAGAUUAAUUUGUUUUUGUAAUCAGUCCCGAGUCCUCAUCUGUAUGUGCGUGCUCUGCCCAGCAAAUCCACCGGGGGCUCAGGAGGUAGCGAGCGAAAGAAAUGGACUUG